AUAUAUAUAUAUCUAUAUGUAUAUGUAUAUUUACAGGUAAUACUAUAUGCAUAGGUGGUACUCCAGAUAGCUUCCUUUCCCCACAUUUCCCAUUUCUUGAAAUUUCUGUCCUCCAAAAGUAAGUUGAUUAAAAAUUCUCCCAAAGAUUCCCUUCGGUGCCUUCACCCUUUUGUACACUUCCGUUCGAUUUCUUCAACGCCAAGUACAAUAAUGUCCUUUCACACCACCGUCGAUCUUUUCUUCAUUUCUUAUUAAACUCAAUUCAUGCUCAUAAUUAUAAAUUAUUGGUAUUCUUUUAUUAGUAAAACCCUGCUCAUCUUUUUUCUUUCUUUUGCUCUCGAAUUCUCUUGAUUUUGACAAAGUCUGGGCUUUGGCGUUGAAGGGUGUUAGGUGAAAUCAGGUUUUUAGAGAGAGAAAGAGUGGGAAGACUUCUCUUCUAGUCUAGAGAGAGAAAAGGGAAGAGGUGGGGGAGAAAUGGGGAGGCUGUUUGUGGUGACUCUUGAGGGGAAGAUCUACAGCUGCAAGCACUGCCGAACGCAUAUAUCUCUCUCCGAAGAUAUCGUUUCCAAGUCUUUCCACUGCAGGCAUGGGAAGGCUUAUCUCUUCAGUAAGGUAGUGAAUGUCACUGUUGGAGAGAUAGAAGAAAGGAUGAUGAUGACAGGAAUGCACGCUGUUUGUGACAUUUUCUGUGUUGGGUGCGGGUCAAUUUUGGGAUGGAAAUACGAGACUGCCCAUGAAAAGAGCCAAAAGUACAAGGAAGGAAAAUCUGUCCUCGAGCGGUUUAAGAUUUCAAGCCCAGAUGAAAGCAGGUACUGGGUAGGUCAUGAAACACCUAUUGGCAGCAGUGAUGCCGACGAUGUUUGAUUACUAUCACCUUUCAUUGCAACUGUACAUUAUUGAUCCCUAAUUGUUCUUGAUUAAACUUGUGAAUUCUUGAAUUCGUAAUCUCAAUUGAGGGUAGCUUCACCAAGUUGCCCCAAAUAACAUGUACUACCAAAGACUCCAUUGUUCGUAUGAACCACAAGACAUCUGCGUUCUAUUUAAACAUUUUCUAUUGCUAUCUUGUA